AUGUCGGCUAACAAAUCCUUAGCAGUAUUAUUAAUUAUUUUGGGUUCGGCCCUUUUGGUGUCAUCCAGACCCGAAACUAGGAGCCACUAUUGUGGCUCCAAAUUGGCGGAUGCCCUAAAAAAGAUUUGUUCGGGGAGAUAUAAUGGACAAAGUUAUGGACAUACAGGUUCAAGUUUAAGCCUAGGUUCCUAUUCAAGAAAUCAUCAGAGAGGAGUUGCCUUCAUGUGUUGUACAAAUCCUUGUACAAUAAGUACUUUGGCAUCUUAUUGCGAAGGAGGCCACUCAGAAAUAAUAGAUUCUAAAGAAAUCACAAAUCCAUUUUGGCAAAUGAAAAAAUAUGAACGAUCCGUUGAACCGGUUGCUGAAAGUGUUAAGACUUCUUCCGAAGAACAAACAGAAAAACAAAAAUCUAAAACCCAUCGAAACUUUCCGAUGAGUUUCGAUGAAGCCAUAAGAAAUGCUCCAGUAAUUGUUACUGUUUCUCCUGAAUUUGCAAGACCAGCUAUUUAUCCUGGCAGGAUAUAA